AAACUCACAAACAUGUUUUUCAAAGACCCGCCUUUUCCUAAAUGUUUUACAUAUAUUUUUACUAUUGUCUGGGGGUUUGAUUAUGAUAGGCUUUAGUCUACUAAAAUGUAGCGAUUUAUUUUUUCACAUAGUGUAUAUCCCCCACAGCUCUCUGCUCGUGACACUGAAAACUCACCCCUCCUCUUCUCUGGUGAAAGCAAGGACCAGAGUCUAUGCUGAAGCCUUCACUGAGCCUAUUUGGCCAGCAGCAGCCACUGUUCCAGCCAAUGCCUCCUACACAUACCCUUGGACCCCCUCCACAGACCCUUGGACCCCCUCCACAGACCCUCGGACCCCCUCCACAGACCCUCGGACCCCCUCCACAGACCCUUGGACCCCCUCCACAGACCCUCGGGCCCCCUCCACCAGUAGUAGUGACCCCAGAUCCCCACCGUUUCCCCCUCUCCAGUCCUCUGUCUGCCAAACCUCCCACUCACAUCCAGCUGGUGCAGGGGCCCCCCUGCCCUGUCCCACCCCCCACUGCCCAGGCGACCCUCAACAGCAGGCCCCAGGAGAAAGAUGCUCAGAUCGGGGCCACAGACCAGGACGCUACCUUGGAGGAGCUGUGUAAGCCUCUGUACUGCAAACUGUGCAACGUCACCCUCAACUCUGCUCAGCAGGCACAGGCCCACUACCAGGGAAAAAACCACAGUAAGAAGCUGAGAAAUUUCUAUGCAGGCAGCCAGCAGCCACCUGCCAUCAGGAUUCCGGAGGUAAUAGAGCCACUUUCCCAGCAGCUCUUCAUGACUCCACCAACUGACAGUGCAACUCCCAAACAGCCGGUGUCAUUCAUGGGUGCCAGCAGGGUGAUCUUAGCCACGGAGAACGACUACUGCAAGCUGUGUGAUGCCUCGUUCAGCUCCCCUGCCGUGGCUCAGGCACACUACCAGGGCAAGAACCAUGCCAAGAGACUGCGGCUGGCUGAGGCCCAGCAAAGCAGUAGCAUCCUAGAGUCGACUGAGUGUGUCCAGAGGCGUCCGAGGAAAGAGGGGAGCGAGUACAGGUUUAUCAAGAACCGUAGGACCCCACAGGUGCCUAUUGCCGUGCCAGGCCCCUACUACAACCCCCGGCCCAGGCAGAGGAUCCCCAGGGACCUGGCCAUGUGUGUGACGCCCAGCGGCCAGUUCUACUGCUCCAUGUGCAAUUCUGGGGCCAGCGAGGAGGCCGACUUCCGCCUUCACCUGGAGAGCAAACAGCACAAGAGCAAGGUGUCGGAGCAGCGCUACCGCAGCGAGAUGGAGAAUCUGGGCUACACUUAGGAGGGCAGUGCCGCAGCACAGGGGAGGAGAGGGGAUGGAGGGUGAGGGAGGGGGAGACAACGACUAUCUUCAUCAUGCACUGUACGCUAGAGGCCAGUAGAAUGGGUAGAGACUAUGUUCUGCAGCAAACUAAAAUGUGUGGAAGAGGAGGGUACAUUUAUGUAAUUUAUAUACAUAAACCACUCUUCCACUCUUUUCCUUAAUGUGUAUAAGUUAUUGAUCUUCUGUUCCUGUUUUAGUUUGUUAAUGUAGUGUACAUAUUUGAAUGACAUUUCUAGAAAUCUUUUAAGGUGUGCACAGAAUGUCCACCUGCUGGUACACUUGUGGAUGUUUCACUCUUGCUUGAUUCUGUUUGCCUGUACUGACCCAAGCCUGUGUGUGAUUACCAUGCAUUUUGCAUCUCAGAUGAAACCAGGGAUUUGUCCAUAUUUCACGCUGAAUUUGACCCAUAGUAGGCCUACAUGAAGAACCCACCAUGCUGUGGGGUAUAUUGGUGAAGAUUUGAUCUCACAAUCGGUUUUCUUUCCCCCGGUUUAAACCUUGUUAUGACUAGGUCCAGGGACAAUACCAGUAUUGCGAUACUUGUUAAUAGCUUGGCAAGGAAACAAAAAAUGAAGUGGGUUAAACUUCUUUAGGAAAACAACCCUAAUGUUGGAAACAAACAUCAUUAUGUUGUCAACCAGAGUCACAUUUAUUUAUUUCCAAGCUAUAGCACAUAAUAUUUUAUUUACGGCAGGUUUUUAAAUGACCAAAGAGUUUGGUCUGCUUUGUGUUUUCAUGUUUGCCACUGAAAAAAUAUUGCUAUACUGGUAUUGUCACAGCCCUAGUUAUUACUUGAGUUUCAGUAGCUUGACAUCUCUACACUACAGUAUAUGGACAUCCCUUCAAAUGAGUGGAUUCUGCUAUUUCAGCCACACCCAUUGCUGACAGGUGUAUAAAAUCAAGCACACUGCAAUCUCCAUAGAAAAACAUUGACAGUAGA